CAUCACCAUUAUCGCUGUCAACUCACAAGUUACCAUCACACGCGCAACUCUGUUGGAACAGACUGGACUGACCCUCUCGUGUGCUUGUCGUUUGUACCAAGUACUCGCUCUGAACCGUCACGCGUGCCCGCUUCUACAGGCCGACGCGCGCGACCGCGACGACUUGUUUCUUCGUACCUCGACCUGCCCGACGCGUGUCUGGUUCACGUCUGCUUUUGACAUCGAAUGCCCGCUUCCUCUUCUACGCAAAGUCAAGGCUGCUUUUUACACGAAUUCAAAAGCCUGGGUGGGCGGGUGCCUUCUCGCCGUGUUUCACUGCCAGAAGGGGCAGUCAGGUAUCGUAUUCUUUUCGAGUGACUGACUUCUGCACUCGUCGUGUGCAUGACACUUUAGGUCUUAUAACCGCACGACUCCGCAGCCAUGAAUGAGUACGGUCUCGUCUCGAGUGAUCCCCCAUGGAAAUGGGUUGUCGAAAAGCCGUGUUUUGUCUCUUGGAACCAUAAAGAGGAGGGACCAUCAAGUCUUGGACAACUGUCGCCUGUAAAUUCGACGUCGAAAUUGACCAUCCAUAUUGGUUGGCGACCUGAAACCAACGAGCUGUUGAUAGCUUUACAUCUUCCGGUAUCGAUACGCGCUUCAAGACAUCCUCGCGACAUGUUCAUGAUCAUCCCAUGCGACUUUGAUAUCUCAAGGCUUGAUUUGAGUUUUGCUCCCGUGCAAGCCGAUGGACGACUUGAUCUAGAGAGUGCCGGUCUUGCCGACUGCAACCUGUUCCAUGUUUCGUUCAAGUUAUUCAAACCUUGCGAUGUUGUCAUGCCGCAAGCGAAACGUCAGAAGCCUGUCAAAGGCACUCCGAAGGAGCUGAUGGCGCGGCUGAAGUCCUUGUCAGAGACCUCCUCCUUCGAUGCAUACUUCAGAUUCGACACCUUUGCACAACUAGAGCUGAGGAAGGUUUUUGCUUCCGCCUCCCAGUACAACACACCUCGAAUAUUGCUUGAAAGCAUGUACGACGGUCGUGGAGGCGGCUUCAAUCUCUGGCUCAAUCAAGGCUUGGGUGUUGAGUCUGUCGAUGCUAUGAAACUGGACAUCAAAAAGUCCGACUCUUAUGCAGGACCAUCCCGACAAGAUAUUCCACCUCCGCCAUAUACCUCCGACACUAUCCCAUCACUGGAUCUAAACAAGCCACAUGUGGAAGUGCCUUUUAGUGAUGCAAGUGUCGCCUCCGUAUCCAUAUACAAGGAUAGUGAUGUCGAAGGUGUGCCAGAGACGCCGUUCUGGGUACGCAUGCGACGAAUCAUGGACUAUCGAUCACCUAGUGUUGAAUCCCCUGUCAGACAAGGCAGGUUCAAACGUGCUGCUAGUCUUGGGUCAUUCUCUGAGAAAGAUGCUCGUCUAGAAAAGCAGAUCUGCUUAUUCCGAUCACCUACUUUCGGGCCCUUGUUACGAGAAGCCUCUGCCCCUGUUACUUUCGCAAAGACUAUAGCAGACCACCAGGACGUAGUAAUUAUUCCAAUGAAAUCAUCGAAUGACAGGCUCGACGACAUCGCUCGUUGGUUAUACACUGCUUGGAGCGUUUUACCAUCUGCCCACCACGAUCUACGCACAGAACUCCUCGCCCUCGGCGCAGCUGAAGACCAACCAUCUUUUGCCAACCUUCGCGUCCAGUGCUCCACACGACUAGCAUUUGCCGCAGCACGAGCACCAAAGCAAGCAUCAACAUCACCCGUUCUGACAGAGAUGUCUGACGCUGAAGCACAUAUUCAGGAGAUUGUGCGAUGGAUUAAUGAUGUCAGAGCUGAUGGUGAUGUGGCGCUGAUGCGUGAGCUUGUUGCUUUGGCGGGUGCUGCGAUGGAUGUUGUGGAGUCUGGAGUAGAUGUGAGGGCUGAGAAGAUGGAAGGAUUCAUGAUGUGUAAAGCGAGGUGUAUUGCUUCUACUUGCGUUCUUGGACGCGCCGUCACGACUUUAUGAUUUUGGUCUGAAUCAAUUUACCGCGGUUCUCGAACAGCACACCGCGAAGUCGCUUUGUCAACUACUUUCAAUAUCCGCCCG